UCUCAUGUUUUCCAUUUCGAAAUCAGCUGAGCGUAGAAACAUAACAAAGCAAAGGAAAGUUGUAUUUCUAGUCGUACUAGAUAUCGAGCAGCGUUGAAUACCACGAUCGGAAGGUGUAAAACCAUAACGAUUUCUUAAAAGUGUGGCAUGUACUGAACUCCGCGAUGUUGAAGGCGGCAAUGAGAUACGGACUUCGUGGGUCCCUCCAGGCUCGCUAUGUUCAGAAGAAGGAUAAAGGCAAAUCGCAAAAGCAGUCUUCCUGGAGCGGAUUUGAUAGAUUCGUGGAUAUGUUGGACCCGAAGAAGAAGAAGACCCAUCAGACCGAACUUAGUUCCAAUCCGAUCUACGUCUCGAUCUUCAGGUACGACCCGGAAGAUUGUGAAGAGCCUUACAUACAGCAAUAUGAAGUCGAACCGGCCGACUUGAGAAAAGGCCCUCUCGUGCUUGACGUCCUGCUGUACAUAAAGGACGAAAUUGACCCGACGCUGUCUUUCAGAAGAUCUUGCCGUGAAGGCAUUUGCGGUUCUUGCGCCAUGAACAUAAAUGGUGUCAACGGUCUCGCUUGUACCACCGCUGUUACAAACGAGCCUUUGAAAGUUUUACCUCUACCGCACCAAUAUGUUGUAAAAGAUCUGGUUGUUGACCUCGCCCAGUUUUACAAGCAAUACGAAAAUAUCGAGCCUUAUCUAAUGAGGUUGUGUGAGGAUGACAUCGGUAAAAGGCAGUUUCUGCAAAGCAUCAGAGACCGCGCUAAGCUGGAUGGCCUGAUGGAGUGUAUCCUCUGCGCGUGUUGUUCUACAUCUUGCCCUUCGUACUGGUGGCACGGAAAUAAAAACCUUAAAGAAGCAUUCUACGGGCCGGCAGCUUUGUUGCAGGCAUACCGCUGGGUGAUGGACUCGCGUGAUGAGAAGGUCGAAGAAAGACUGGACAAACUAAACGAAGCGAGUGCGACUGUCUUCAAAUGCCACACUAUCCUGAACUGCACACGAUGCUGUCCAAAAGGGCUGAAUCCAGGUUAUGCGAUAAGCCAGCUGAAACUGCUAAUUUCCGGAAGGGCCGAAAAAGAGGACCCGGACAUGAAAAACAUUCCGUUGAACGACGACCAGAAAAAUGAUAAGGAUAUGUUUAAAGUGCCACAGAAGAAACCGGCGAAGAAAUUCGAUCCAACGAGAAAAUUUACAAAGAAAUAAAUUCUAUCUUGUUACUUUAAUGAAUUAUAUGAAUAUACUAUGAUUUGUUUAUA